AGAAUGCUUUGACCUGUCGCUCACACAGGUUUCCAGACCUUUCAUUAUAUCUAAAAAAUCAUUUGGUUACCCAUUCAAAAUUUGCUGUCAUAGCACCUUCCUUUGGAGGCCGUGGGCGGCUUUUGGGCAACAAUGACGAGCAGCAUUCACCCGGAAAUAGAGGCCGCGGUCAAGAGCUUUUUCCUGGAAGAAGAAAAGUUAGCCCAGGUGGUGGAACGCAUGACCAAGGAGCUAAAGAUGGGCCUGGCCAAGGAAACGCAUCCACGGGCGGCUAUCAAAUGCUUUGUGACCUAUGUGCAGGAUUUACCUACGGGAAAGGAACGUGGCAAAUUUCUGGCCCUCGAUCUUGGUGGCUCCAGUUUUCGGGUCGUCCUGGUGACAUUACAUAGCGAGUCGAGUUAUGAUAUCGAAUCAAAGAGCUUUGUGUUUCCCAGUCUGCUUAUGUCGGGAACGGGCAUAGAGCUGUUCGAUUAUAUGGCCGAAUGUCUUGCACAGUUUUGCCAACAGUUUGGCCUGGAGCAUGAGGGAUUGCCACUGGGCUUUACAUUCUCGUUUCCCUGCCGCCAGCAGGGUCUCUCCAAGGGUGUCCUGGUAGCCUGGACCAAGGGCUUUCACGUCGAGGGCGUUGUGGGACACAAUGUGGUGGAAAUGCUGCAGGAUGCCAUCUUACGGCGAGGUGACCUCAAUGUCAAUGUGGUUGCUCUGAUAAACGAUACGGUGGGAACUUUGUUGUCCACCGCUUACUUCAACCGUAAUUGCCGCAUUGGCUUGAUCCUGGGCACUGGCACCAAUGCUUGCUAUGUGGAGAAGACAGUGAAUGCCGAGUGCUUUGAGGGAUACCAGACCAGUACCAGACCCUACAUGGUCAUCAACACCGAAUGGGGUGCUUUUGGGGACAACGGUGUGCUGGAAUUUGUGCGAACCAACUACGAUAGAGUGGUGGACAAGGUGACACCCAAUCCCGGCAAACAGACAUUUGAGAAAUGCAUCGGCGGUAUGUACAUGGGUGAGCUGGUGCGCCUCAUCCUCAUGGAUCUGAUGGCCAAGGAUGUGAUCUUUAGGGGUGAGCAUUCGGAGAAGCUCCAGCAGCGUUGGUCCUUUGACACCUCGUACAUUUCGGAGAUCGAGAGCGAUGCACCCGGGGAGUAUCGCAAUUGUAAUAAGGUUCUCCACUACCUGGGGAUAAUGGGUAACCAGGAAUCGGACCGACUGGGUCUGCGGUACAUCUGCGAGGCGAUCACCUCACGUUCUGCCAAACUUUGCGCCUGUGGCCUGGUCACGCUCAUCAAUAAGAUGAACAUGAACGAGGUCGCCAUUGCCGUUGACGGCAGUGUGUACCGCUAUCAUCCCAAAUACCAUGAUGUGCUCGAGAAGUAUAUGAAGAAGCUCCUCAAACCGGGUGCCAAGUUCGAACUUGUUGUCGCAGAGGAUGGAUCCGGCCGAGGUGCAGCUCUGGCAGCAGCCGCUACGUACAGAAGAGGAACUGAGUAUAAAUUUUCAAUUAUAAAGUAAAUAAAAGGAAAAUUCAUUUAAA